UCCAUUGACCCGCUGACACAAGAUUUAUCUCAAUCAUACACGUGGCGCAGCGAGCGACCUGAAUAUUUUGAUUUUCCGUGUUCUAGAUCACACACUUGAGGAGGAACUUUCUAAACAAUUAUUUCAUCAUUCCGUUUACUUGUGAAUCGUCUAUAAUCGUCUUCUCUACUGUGUAAAGCUGAAACAGGAGCCAUAGCCAUUGCAGUUGCAGUUUUAAUUUGAAUCCAUUUGAAGAACAGAUCGGGAACAGCGAUGCAACAAGCAGAUUACAACGCCUAUUUUCAAUAUCCUCACCAUCAAAACCCUAACCCUACCACCCCAAUUCUCAAUCCUCCUCCUCCUCCUAAUUUAAUCGAUCAGCAUCAGAAUUCAUACGCAUCCGCACCGCCUUUUUCCACCAAUAAUUACGCUCCUUCCGAUUGCCCUAUUUAUCAACCUAAUUAUCCUCCAUAUCCUCAAAAUUCCGAUGCUGUUCCUUCUCCUACUGCUCCUUCAUAUAAUCCAUCUCCGGCAAUGACAUACAAUCCAUCUCCUGCAAUGACAGCAGCGACUCUAAACCCUAAUAAUCUCCAAUCCACCUUCAAUCCGCCAUCUCAACCACCAGCACAACAACUUCAACAACCAUCUUUUCCUCCUUACGAUUCCCAUGCGCCCUACCAGCCUCCAACCAGUCAACAAUCUUAUUAUCCACCGUAUGAUCAGCAUCAGACCGCUCCAAGUUACGCUCCUCCUUCACAGACUUCCUCAAUCGCACCAAAUCCUAACACUAUGUACACUGCCCCAGUUUAUAAUCCGGUAGGAUCAUCAUCGGUCUCAUCUGUUUAUGAUAAUAACAAUAAUCCAUACGAGAACUCACCGAAAUUUGAUCACAAAGUUGGGUUUUUUGAUGAUAAGUACGGUAGUUAUAACCGGAGUGGGUCAGGUUUCGGGUCGGAUCCAUACGGUAGCAGGUAUGAUGAUGGGUAUGGGGAUGGGGUUUAUGCUUAUGAAGGGAGCAAAGUGGAGCCAUAUGGAGCCAGAGGUACGGCUCCUAAAUCAUCAACUUGGGCUAUGUUUGAUGAUUAUGGUAGAGCGAUUAGUUUACCUUCUGGUAAGGACUCAUCAUCAGUUGGUUCGGGUUCAAGCUCAGGUUCGAGUAAGAUUGUGAGAGCUGUGCCAAAGGCAGAGACGCAGCAGGACGUUAAGAGUGGGGUUCAAAAGUUUAGGGUUAAAUUGCUGGCUGAAAGUGGAGGCCAGAGUACGAUGGAUGUGCUUUGCCAGAUUGGUUUGGAUGGAAUUCGUAUGCUUGAUCCCAAUACUGGCCGAACACUGAGAAUAUAUCCUCUUGAGAACAUAACAAGAUGUGAUAAAACGGAUUCUUCUACCUUUGCGUUCUGGUCCAAGAGCUCUGUGGAUAUUGAACCAAGACGAAUCAGAUUGCAGUCAAAUAGUUACACUACCAACACUCUUCUUGACACAGUAACAGCUGCAACUGUGCAGUUCAAGGAGAUGGGUGGGAGCAGGAGGCCUACUGAAUCUUCUAAGACAGUUGAGCAGGCUGCAGAGAAGAAGAAAGGGUUUGUCGAUUGGAUGAACUUAAUGAAGCCAGGGAAUGAAGAGAAAGAUCAUUGGGUACCUGAUGACGCUGUUUCGAAGUGUUCAGCAUGUGGAACAGAUUUUGGGGCUUUUGUGCGCAAGCAUCACUGCAGAAACUGUGGAGACAUAUUUUGUGACAAGUGCACACAUGGUAGAAUUGCUCUUACUGCCGAUGAGAAUGCUCAGCCUGUUAGAGUUUGUGACCGAUGCAUGGCAGAGGUGACUCAGCGGCUGAGUAAUUCAAAGGAAACAUCUAGUAAACCUGCAGGAUUGCAGUCUCAUGAGGAUCUUGCGAGGAAGCUUCAGGAGGAAAUGGAAAAAAAUCGGAAGGCAUCAUCAGGAUCCAAGUCAGAUGGAUCUGGAAGGCGGAUGAAGGAAGUUGCCUGUCCUACUUGCACUGUCCAUUUGCAGGUCCAGGUACCCAGCUCGGGUUCUGAGACUAUCGAGUGUGGAGUCUGUCAACACCCGUUUCUUGUCAGUGCUCACUGAUUUUUGCUUCUAAGUUUCAUGAUCAAAGGCGUCCAUUCGCAGGAUCCUAGGUAAAACUGAAAUUCCAAUUUGGGUUGAAGUGCUGCCAUAGUUGGGACUCGAUUGGGAAAUUAAGUUGGCACAAACGGGCGCCAGAGAGUUGUAUAUGGUUGAAUUAUUUGCUCAUUUACAUUCAGGAUAUGCUGUGGAAAUAUGUUACUUGGUUCUAUGGUUUUGUGAUUGGAAGCAUGUGUUUGUAAUUUGACUGUGCAUGUCUUUGAUAAAAUAAAAAAGAUUUAUUCAUCACUUUA